UUUAACAAAAAAUCUCAGAACUCAAAAAAAAAAAAAAAACUUCCAAAACCAAAAAAAAAAAAAAAUGGAGAUGAGUUUGCGUCUCGCUUCAUCUUCAACCUCAAACCCAAUUUGUCUAAUAAAUCCAGGAAAAAAGCUUAAUUUCCCAAUCCGAAACCAGAGAAUCCCUAAAACAACGAAACCCUUUUGCGUUAGGUCUUCAAUGAGCUCAUCUAAACCCAGACAAACCUUAUCUAGUAACUGGGAUGUCUCUAGCUUCUCCGUUGAUUCCGUUGCUCAAUCACCUUCACGGCUUCCAAGUUUCGAAGAACUCGACACCACAAACAUGUUGCUUCGUCAAAGAAUCGUCUUUUUGGGUUCUCAGGUGGAUGAUAUGACUGCGGAUUUGGUUAUAAGUCAGCUUUUGUUGCUAGAUGCUGAGGACUCAGAGAGAGACAUUACGCUGUUUAUCAAUUCGCCCGGUGGAUCUAUUACUGCUGGGAUGGGAAUAUAUGAUGCAAUGAAACAAUGUAAGGCGGAUGUAUCGACUGUUUGCUUAGGACUAGCUGCAUCUAUGGGUGCGUUUCUCCUUGCUUCUGGUUCAAAAGGGAAACGGUAUUGCAUGCCUAACUCUAAAGUUAUGAUCCAUCAGCCACUUGGUACCGCUGGAGGCAAAGCAACGGAAAUGAGCAUACGCAUAAGAGAAAUGAUGUACCACAAGAUUAAACUAAACAAGAUCUUCUCUAGAAUCACCGGAAAGCCCGAAUCAGAGAUCGAAGGUGACACAGACCGUGAUAAUUUCUUGAAUCCAUGGGAAGCGAAAGAAUAUGGUUUGAUCGAUGCUGUAAUCGAUGAUGGGAAACCAGGACUAAUCGCUCCAAUCGGAGAUGGCACUCCUCCUCCGAAAACCAAAGUCUGGGAUCUUUGGAAAGUUGAAGGAACCAAGAAAGACAACACUAACUUGCCAUCCGAGCGCUCAAUGACACAGAAUGGUUAUGCUGCCAUUGAAUAGAACUUGUGUUCCAGCGUUUACGCCUUUUAUAUGUAGCUACAACCAUAUAUCGUUGCAUUUCAAGUGUUUGUACCAUUUCUGUGAUAGAUUUUUGGACUAAUUUGAAGGCGAAAAUAGAUAAUUUGUUGUAGCACAAAAGUUGUAGCUACAUCACAAAUAAACUACAAAAUCAAGCUAUUUUUGCAAGCUACCAA